AUGGCUCCAACAACGCAGCUAAAUGUACUACGCGACCUUGUUGCCCUUCUUGGCCCUUUCAAAGAAGGCACUGAAAAGAUAAGUGGUGCAAACUGCAAGGAGUGGGUUAGAGCUGUUGGCAUUGAAGAUUUGGCACAUAUGCCUAUUGAAAAACUUAAUGAACGACACCAUAUCUGCGGAGAUCACUUCGAAAAAAGUCAUUUUAGUAAGGAAAUGAAUCGUUUGAAGAAUAUUGCUGUACCUAAACUGCAAUUAUCCUCACCUCCACUGACUGAUAAACAACUUCAACAUUUUCCUCUGCAUACUGCUGCAAAGAACAAAACAGUGCCUAUACCUGAUGCACCAAUGGCUUCCACAAGUAAAGAACAUCAUGUUGCUGACCCUGUCCUGAUACCUGACACGUCAAUGCCUUCCGUAAGUAAAGCACCCUUGAUUGCUGAUCCUAAAUUGGUGUGUUCAGUCAGGUACAAACCUGACGCUUCAUUACCUUCCACAAGUAAGGAACACCUUGUUGCUGAUGUUGUCUUAACAAAUUAA